AUAUGUAAGUUUGUUGCCAUCUAUCAGACAAACUUAAUCACCAUUAUGAUUACUUUGCCUUUUCAAUACUUUGCUAAAACACUUACGAUAUUCAUAUCUAAUACUUAUUUACUUACUUUUCAAAUAUUGAUAUUUUGUUAUUUUAAAUUAUUUUUCAAUUGCUGUUUAAUUAUUUAAUAAGCUGGGUCACAGAUCCCAAAGCCGACAUAAUUGUUGAUUUAGUUCCUUUACUACAUCAACUUGUGUCUCAAUCCGAAUAAUUGGACUUAAUUUUAUAUAAUCGUCAAAGUUUCAAGCCAAACGGUUGAAACUUACAAAUCAACAAUUAAGAUGGAAGAUAUUAAAGUUAAAUUCUGUUUAUCUUCCGAAGCUUGGGAAAACAAAACUACAGUAAUGGUCAAAUCCAUUGAAAUUUUGGGCCGGGAAGAAAUUUUUUCUUUUCCAAUUGAAAGUCAACCAAUACAAAAACACACGGAGUUGACGAAACUGUCUAUAAUAAAGGGAGCAGUGAAGAGCCUAAAUACAAGAGGAAAAAUUAGAAAUAUUACAAUUACACUAAAAAAAGAAUUGCAAAAAUCAUAUUUUGAUGAGGAAGGUAAUGUAGUCUUUGGUGAUUAUUAUUUAGAGGCAAUCUAUUUCUCCCCCCAACCCACUACCAAUACUCCUUUACCUACUAUUGAAAAUCCCAUCAGGUCUUUUUCAAAUAAUAUGAUGCUAGAAAAAUUUUCAAGUAAAAAUCAAAAUGCAAAGUCAUGGUUAAAUUUGUUUUUGCUCGAAUGUCAAAGAUUAAAAUUGAAUGAAAAACAAUAUCCAGAAUCUCUAAAACUUUACUUGGAAGGACCUGCUUUAGACUGGUUUUCAUCCUUAUACAAAAAUUGUUCUAUGAAUAAACCUUGGGAUUAUUGGGAGACAUCUUUUCUAAGUACAUUUGGAGAGAAAUCAUGGAGUGAAAUUGAUUACGCUUAUUCUUUUCAUUGGUUAAAUGGUCCAUUCUUAGAUUUUGCUUUAAAAAAGAUAAAUCUUCUUAUUGAUGUCGAUCCAGAUCUAAGCAUAAGCUCUCAGAUCAAUUUUAUUGUUUUAGCUUUACCAAAGUUUGUAAGAUCGCGUAUAAAUAAGAAAGAAAUAGUAACGAUCGAAAAUCUAAUGUCUAGCUUGCGACAACUUGAUCCAAUAUCAAACAAUAAUACACAUGUAAGUAAAUAUGAAUUUGAUAUAAAUAGACAAAAACGAAGCUUCAUACCAUGUCAGAUCUGUGAGAAAGCUGGCUACACGAAUAGAUUUCAUUCAGAAAGUGUAUGCAGAAACAAAAUAAGACCAGCUUAUAUAAAAUUCUCAGAAUCAAAAAAACUGAGUACGAUCCCGCUUAUAAAGCUUAAUGUUCUAAUCAAUAAUGAAAUUGCCAAUGCACUUUAUGAUUCUGGAGCAAAUGUGUCAUUAAUUAACUACAAUUUUUUUAAGAAAUUACAAUUGAUUAACAAUUUAAGCGGGAUCCAAACUAUAAAAACAAUGAGUGGUCUCACAGAUGUGUAUGGUGAAGUAACUGUCUCUUUGAAAAUAUUAAAUAUACAAAAACAAUUUUCAUUUUUAAUUAUGAAAAGUGAUUUGUUUGAAGAAGAUUUGAUUAUCGGGCUCAAUUGCAUUAAAGAGUUUCGAUUAUGCCAAAACGAAAAUUUAGAAAUUACUCAAAUUUUGAGUCCCAUUCUCGAGAAUGACGAAUUAAAAUGCAAUCAUAGCUUAAUUUCAGAGCUUGAAAACAAUGAUAAUGUUUUGAAUGAUCUUCUAAAAAAAUAUGAUCUCGUUUUUGCUAAAGAAAAAUUUGAUAUUGGUACGGUUAAAAAUUUUGAAGCUACGAUUAGAUUAACUGAAAAUAAAUAUAUAUCUAGAAAACCAUAUAAAUGUUCCAUUCCGGAUAAAAUAGAAAUCGAAUCUCAAAUAAAAAAAUUAUUAAAAGCAGGACUUAUUGAAGAGUCAUAUAGUCCAUAUGCCUCUCCUGUUACUUUAGUAUAUAAGAAGGAAGAGGGAAAAAAAUCACGGUUGUGUAUUGACUAUCGUGAGCUUAAUAAAAUAGUUGUCCCCGAAGGUCAACCAUUCCCUCGAAUUGAUGAUCUUGUUGUUCGUGUUGGAAAGUGUGUUUACUUUUCCAAACUAGACAUUAAUUCAGCCUUUUGGUCUAUACCUCUGCGUGCUAAAGAUAAAUACAAAACGGCUUUUGUUACACACCAUGGUCACUGGCAUGGGCAUGUUUACCUUUCGGUUUAA